AUGACGUCUGAGUCGGUAGAGUCUCGUUCAAACUCUCGAAGUGAACUGAUGGAGGAAGUACAACAGAUGAUACCAGGGAUUGAAGAAAUUGAUGUGCUCGACUCGUGUUCGAAUGAAGAUGUUCAAGAUAAGCAGGAGAAAGAGCUGGGCCGCGUAGAAGAAGAGGAUGAAGAUUGUUCUUGUUCAGUCGAUGAAGAUGGUUUUGGCUCAAUCGAUGAAGAUGGUUCUGGCUCAGAGGAAGAAGGAGAUGGUUCUGGCUCAGAAGAAGUGGAAGGAGAUAAAGACAUGGGCGGAGUCAAUUUUAAGGAGUUAACAGUGAAUGAACUAAUUGGAUUUCACUUUCCGAAUCGCGAGGUGGGAUUCAUGUUCUACAGUUGGUAUGCAAGGAUGCAUGGUUUUGCUGCUCGUAAGUCCAGGACAUUCAAAAACACAAAGGGUGAUGUUCUUCAACAGUCAUUUGUGUGUUUUAGGGAAGGUAAAAGGAAAGAGACUUCUGGAGAUUGUUUGAAGCGGAAGCGUUUUCCUAGAAAAGAAACAAGAUGUGGUUGCCAUGCGCAUUUGCAGUUGCACAUUGACAUUGAAGACAAACGAUGGUAUGUUAGAUCUAUUUAUGAUGAACACAAUCACAAGCUGGUUGAUCUUAGUUUGGUCGGUUUGUUACCUUCACAUAGGAGGAUGAAUGACGGUGAUAUCUUGCAAAUGAACAACAUGACCAAAGUAGGUGUUAGUACUCCACUAUCAUAUGGUGUUUUUGCUAAUCAGAUGGGUGGGUAUGAAAAUGUCUCAUUUAGUAAGAACAAUAUGUAUUUCCAGCAAGAUAAGCAAAGGAGGAAAGAUGUUGUUGAUGCUAGAGGUGAGCUUAGCUACUUACGUUUGUUGAAACAGUCCGAUCCCAACAUGUUUUGGCGUCACACUGCUGAUGAGGAUGGAAGGCUUGACAAACUGUUUUGGUGUGAUGGAUGCAGCAAGGCCAAUUAUUCGAUAUUUGGCGAUGUUUUGGCAUUUGACGCAACAUACAAGAAGAAUGAAUAUAGGCGUCCGUUGGUGAUUUUUUCCGGUGUGAAUCAUCAUAAUCAGACUAUUGUCUUUGCUUCUGCUCUAGUGUCAAAUGAGAAAGAAGAGACUUAUGUUUGGCUGCUUGAACAGUUCAUGACAGCUAUGAAUGGAAAAGCACCAACUUCUGUUAUCACUGAUGGUCAUUUGCCAAUGAAGCACGCUAUCCAGAAAGUGUUCCCGAGAGCGCAUCAUAGGUUAUGCGCAUGGCAUCUUUUGAGGAAUGCUAACAGCAAUGUUCCAGAUCCUAAUUUUAUUUCAAAGCUUACUAGGUGUAUGCUAUGGGAUUUUGAAAUUGGAGAGUUUGAGGAAAAGUGGACUGAGAUGGUUGCUGAUUGUGGACUAGAAGACAAUGAGUGGGUUAGGGACUUGUAUGAGAGGAAGAAUAUGUGGGCGGCUGCUCAUAUGCGGGGUGAUUUUUUUGGAGGGUUUAGGACUACAUCAAGAGUGGAGGGCCUACAUGCACAAGUUGGUAGGUUUGUUAACUCUUGGAACAACCUUACGGAUUUUAUGCAUAAUUUUAACCGGUACCUUAGUUAUCAACGUUUUAGAGAGCUUGAAGCUGAUUUCGCCUCCCUUCAUGGUGAUCAUGUACCACAAACCCAAUUGAGAAAACUAGAAAGGUCAGCGGCUAACUAUUACACAAAUAACAUUUUCAAAUUAGUUGCAAGAGGUCUUCACCGUUCGUUGGUACUAAGGGUCACUGUGUACAAGGAGACAUCGACGUGCAUGAUUUACUUUGUGACAAAGUAUUGUAUUUCCGGGAAGAAGUGGACUGUUUCUUGGUGGCGUUCAGGAAUGGAAUUUAAGUGCUCAUGUUUGAGAAUGGAAUCACACGGUAUUCCAUGUGAUCACAUUCUGGCUGUGUUAACCUUUCUAGAUUUGGUUGAAAUACCAAAAUCUCUAGUGCUGGAUAGGUGGACAAAAUUUGCGAAGGAAUCAAUUGCUGCCUUUCGAACGCAACCACGGCCAUGGGACCCGUUGAUUUUGUGCAGAUUCUUUGCUUUGACUGAAAGUUGUGGGCGUAUGUCCAAGGCAGCUUGCAUUAGUCCUGAAGCAUUCAUUGAGACAAAAGCUAUUGUCUUGGCUCAAUGCUUGAAGCUUGAAGGCAAUAGGGAAUCGGAGCCAAAUGUGAACAAUUCAAGUGAGCAGAAUGAAGGUGAGGAAGGUGAAAGAUAUUUACAGAACCCACCAAUGCCUAGUAGGAUCCUAAAUAGUGGUGCAAUGAAUGGAAGAGGAAGAGGGCGUCGUAGCAAUCGCUGUGGUAUUUGCGGAGUUGCAGGACACAAUCGAACAUCUUGCAAUAGGCAUACACAGUGA